AUGGCCGACUCCACCAAUACGUUCAAACCCUGCUGCCUUACCUCGUUUCAGUGGGACGGCACGCCGGAGGGCAGAGAAGAGAAGCUCGCCGGCCUGCCGACAUAUGUUACGGGUGAUAAUCCGAAGGCAGCUGUGCUGUAUGUGCACGAUGCGCUGGGGUGGCAGUUUGGAAAUGCGAGAUUACUUGCGGACCAUUAUGCGACGGAGGCGAACGUAACAGUCUACAUCCCCGACUUUUUCGGCGGCGAAGUCCUGGACCGCGACGCUAUUUUUGAGGGCCGCUGGGCCGACCUGAACAUAGCUGACUUCAGGGCGCGCAACGAGCGCUCCAUCCGCGAACCGCAGAUCUUCGCCGCCGCCGCAGAACUUCGCAGCAACGGCUUCGAAAAAAUCGGCGCCGCUGGCUUCUGCUUCGGCGGCUGGGGGGUCCUCCGGCUCGCCCAAGCUUCCCUUGUCGACGCAAUCAUCUGCGCGCAUCCUAGCUGGGUGACGAACGAGGACUUUGACAACAUAAAUGUACCCGUGUUGUUUCUUGCGCCGGAAAAGGAUGCAAAUUUUCCGGAUGAGAUGAAAGUGUAUGCGUUUCAGACGCUGCUGGGGAGGAAGAGUACGCCGUUUGAGUGGGUCCAUUUCCCAGGCGUGGCACACGGGUGUCUGACGAAGGGGGAUGAGAAGGUACAGGGUGAGCGGGCAGCGAUGGUUAAAGGGAAGGAAACUGCGGUGAGGUGGUGGAGGGAGUGGUUGGAGUAG